GUGUGAGCGAACAAAGCGUACCAGUCAUGCCAAGCUAUUGCCUCAUCAUCGCCCUAUGCCUUCUUGGAUUAGUGGCGGCCAAGUCUUCGGACGGAGAUCGGGACCAGUGGGUCUGGAGAUCCUACAAUCGUAGGGAGCGCUCCUUUCGGGACAUCGAUCGCAGUUCGCCCAUUAGGAACGCGUACGACGAAAAGCUGAGGCGGGAGCCCACGACUCGCAGACCUUUUCCCGGCGAACCGGAGAAUGAUGAGAUAGAGGAUUACGCCGAUGUGGAGCCCACCAGGUCAUCGGACACUCCCAACGUAGGCACCCGUCAGUAUAAUCCAUAUGGUGGUCAGCCCAAUGCCGGACAGUUCGGAGGACUUGGAGGAUAUAGCGGAAACCCCGGUGUGCUGGUGGGACCUGGAGGACCCACUGGAAUCAUAGGGAGACCGCAGCUGUACCCUAAUCCUUAUCAGCCCGGCUACGGCGGAUUCUCUGGCGCUCAAAACGGCAUUGGUGGAUAUCCAGGCGGAUACGGAGGAGUGGGUCAGGGACUUCCCGGAGCCGGGUUCCCCGGAGCCAACGUGGGCGGGGGUUUUAACAACUUCCCCAACAAUGGACUUGGCCUUAACCAGUUUCCUAGCAAUGGACAGUACCCUUAUGGAUCCUAUCCGGGCGGCGACUUCGGUGGUAAUCAGUUCGCAGGCGCAGGUGCCCAGUUCCCAGGAUUGGGACAGUACCCCGGAAACCAACAGUUUGGCGGACCGCAGUACACCGAGGGCUAUGGCCUGGCAGGAGGAUUGGGCCUAGGUCAACUGGGAGUUGGCAACGGUGGACUUGGGUACGGCGGCAGUUUUCCACCUCUGGGAGGCGGAGGCAUCGGCUACGAUGAGAAAUCGCCAGCUGUGGCCGAGGGUAAGAACGCCAAGAGUGUGGCAGUGUCACCCAGAAAAGUGAAUGAUAAGCUCAGUAAGAAGGUCUAGAACUUCACGUUUUCGAAGUGGAAGAAGUUAUGUUAAAGAUAUGGAACAGAAGCGAUUACUUUCCUACGAAUCACUGUUUCAUUCUCUCUUAGGCUGAGU